UAGAUGCCGUAUGCCCUCUCUGUUACACCCCUAUGUGACAGAGUUUAAAGAAUUAGAGAAGUUGAAUUAUUAGUGAAGAGAUGGAAAAGGAACAGCUGAGUAUUAUGCCCAUUACUUCACAGGUUGUAAGAGGGCCUUGAAAAUUGUCGUGAAAAACGACAAUUUUACAUAAUUCCAAAUAUCCCCAUGUGAAAUUCUUCCUCUUUACUACUAGCUUAUCUUCUCCCUCUCUUUAUUUGAAGUACUUUGUGUCAGAAAACUCUGAGAACCUCUCACAAUGUGGGAAUCAGAAAGUGAGUCUGUUAGUGGUAGAGACUAUGGAAAUGGUGUUCUCAACAACACCAAACAUGGGGUCAAGACUGAUGGUUUUGAGCAAAAAGGACAGUCUUGGUAUGUAGCAACUGAUAUUCCCAGUGACCUUUUAGUUCAAAUUGGAGAUGUUAGUUUCCACUUACAUAAGUAUCCUUUGCUUUCUAGAAGUGGAAAGAUGAACAGAAUCAUAUAUGAAACAAGGGAUGAAGAAUUGAGCAGAAUAGCUUUAAAUGACUUACCAGGUGGAUGGGAGGCAUUUGAGUUAGCUGCAAAAUUCUGUUAUGGAAUUGCUGUUGAUCUCACAGCAACCAAUAUCUCCGGUUUACGAUGUGCAGCGGAGUACUUAGAAAUGACUGAGGACUUAGAAGAAGGCAAUCUAAUAUUCAAGACUGAAGCUUUUCUAAGUUAUGUCGUUUUAUCAUCAUGGAGGGACUCUAUACUGGUGUUGAAGAGUUGUGAAAGGUUAUCACCAUGGGCUGAAAACCUUCAAAUUGUUCGAAGAUGCAGCGAGUCAAUUGCAUGGAAAGCGUGUGCCAAUCCAAAAGGAAUAAAAUGGCAAUACACUGGCAGACUACCUACUAGUGUUUCCAGCCCUAAAUGGAAUGAAAUGAAGGAUUCCAGUCCGAGCAGAAACCAGCAAUUAGUACCCCCUGAUUGGUGGUUCGAGGAUGUCUCUAUUCUCAGGAUUGAUCACUUUGUCAGAGUCAUUACUGCUAUUAAGGUAAAAGGCAUGCGACAUGAACUGAUUGGUGCUGUUCUUAUGCACUAUGCUACUAAAUGGAUCCCGGGGCUAAUUAAAGAAGGAUCCGGAUCGUUGGAUGAUUGUAGCAACAGCAGUACUAGUAAUGGCAGUAGCAGCAGUAGCUGGAAAGGAGGUCUUCAUAUGAUAGUGUCAGGAUCUAGAGAGGAAGUACCAACUAUUCAAGCCAAAGAUCAGAGGAUGAUUAUCGAAAGCCUAAUUAGCAUAAUCCCACAACAGAAGGACAGCGUCUCGUGUAGCUUCCUUCUACGUCUUUUGAGAAUGGCAAACCUGCUGAAAGUGGCUCCAGCACUUGUAACAGAAUUGGAGAAACGAGUCGGGAUGCAGUUUGAGCAGGCUACCUUAGCUGAUCUACUCAUACCGUCUUACAAUAAAAGUGAGACAUUGUAUGAUGUUGAUCUUGUUCAGAGGCUUUUGGAACAUUUCUUAGUUCAAGAGCAAACAGAAAGUUCAAGCCCUAGUAGAAGUUCAUUCUCUGAUAAGCAUAUGCAUGAUGCAAAUCAAAGGGGUGCUAAUCUCAACGCCAAGAUGAGAGUCGCAAAGCUUGUAGACAGUUAUCUCACUGAAGUAUCCAGAGAUCGAAACCUUUCCUUGACAAAAUUUCAGGUCUUGGCUGAGGCUUUACCAGAAUCAGCAAGAACUUGUGAUGAUGGAUUGUAUCGUGCAAUUGAUUCGUAUCUUAAGGCCCAUCCAACUCUGUCAGAACACGAAAGAAAGCGGCUCUGCAGGGUGAUGGAUUGCCAAAAACUGUCUAUUGAUGCUUGCAUGCACGCUGCUCAGAACGAAAGGCUUCCACUACGAGUAGUGGUGCAAGUCCUCUUUUCUGAGCAGGUAAAGAUCAGCAAUGCAAUAUCCAGCAGUUCACUGAAAGAUGCAGGAGAAUCUCAUUACCAACCCCUAGUAUCAAACCGCAAAACAUUGCUCGAAGCAACACCACAAUCAUUUCAAGAGGGAUGGACUACAGCCAAAAAAGACAUCAACACUCUUAAAUUUGAACUCGAUACUGUGAAAGCUAAGUAUGUUCAACUACAAAAUGACAUGGAAAACUUGCAAAAACAGUUUGAUAAGAUCACAAAACCAAAACAAGGAUCGGGUUGGACUGCAGGAUGGAAAAAGUUAAGCAAGCUCACAAAGAUGACACAUUUAGAAUCGCAAGAAAACAGUCCACACGCCCCAAAUGCAGAACCGACAAGGAAGACCCCGAGAAGAUGGAGAAAUUCCAUUUCCUGAUCAAUCCAAAUGUUAUAGAGAAAAGACUACCAGAUCAUACACAAUACUAAAUUCUGUGUGUUCGAAAUUCUCAGUUUCUUUCCUAUCUAAGAGAGUAGUCAAAGGGUUACUUUUAAUUUACUUGAUUAUAGCAUCAACUCAUUCCUAGCUUUUUGGUGUUUGUUUUUUCUGUAUGAUUUGGUUUUCGAGAGUGAAGUGAGAAUAUAUAUUGUUGCAUAUAUAGUUUCCCUGA